CUUGUCGGGCCGGGCACGGCGGGCCGGGGCCUUUGUGUGAGGCAGCAGCGGCGAUGGUGCUCGGGCCCCGCGGAGCCGGUCCACAGAUUAACCGUGCUGGUAAGGAGGCAACUUCAUAGGAGCUGCUAAGAUGGGCAUGAGGAUCAAACUGCAAAGCACCAAUCACCCCAACAACCUGCUGAAGGAACUCAACAAGUGCCGGCUCUCAGAGACCAUGUGCGAUGUCACCAUUGUGGUGGGGAGUCGCUCCUUCCCAGCUCACAAAGCUGUGCUGGCCUGUGCGGCUGGCUACUUCCAGAACCUCUUCCUAAACACUGGGCUGGAUGCUGCCAGGACCUAUGUGGUGGACUUUAUCACUCCUGCCAACUUUGAGAAGAUUCUGAGCUUUGUCUACACAUCGGAGCUCUUCACGGACCUGAUCAACGUUGGGGUUAUCUACGAGGUAGCUGAGCGUCUGGGGAUGGAGGACCUCCUUCGGGCUUGUCAUUCCACCUUUCCUGAUUUGGAGAGCACGGCUGUGGCCAAGCCCCUGACCAGCACCAGUGAGAAUCGCUCCAGCACGCUGAGUUGUAGCUCAGCAGAACCUGCCCAUCCUCUUGGAGAACUCCGGGGCAGUGGGGAGCACUUUGGUCCUGAUAGAAACUAUGUCUUACCUAGUGAUGCUGGAGGAAACUAUAAAGAGGAAGAGAGGAAUGUUACCAGUGACACUAACCAUAGCCUGCCUCUGCCACAGCAGCCAUUGCCAUCAAAGACGGAAGACCGUGAGAACCCUGCUCCUUUCACAUCUGUACCUAGUGUGGUGACCCAGCCAGUCCUAGGCACUGUCAGCAUGGGCAUCCAAACCAGCACGAGCUCCUGCCAGCCAUACAAACUUCAGAGCAAUGGAGACUUCAGUAAAAACAGCUUCUUCUCCCCCGACAAUGCAAUAGAUAUUACCACUGGGACCAACUCCUGUCUGAGCAACAGCGACCACUCCAAAGAUCCAGCCUUUGAGCAGAUAGAUGAGCUCCAGCUGGAGGACCUGGGGGAUGAUGACUUGCAAUUUGAAGACCCCACUGAGGACAUAGGGACAGCGGAGGAGGUGAUUGAAUUGAGUGACGACAGUGAGGAUGAGCUGACCUUUGGAGAGAAUGACAACCGAGAGAAUAAAGCCAUGCCCUGCCAGGUGUGCAAGAAAGUUCUAGAGCCCAACAUUCAGCUGAUUCGACAGCAUGCUCGGGACCACGUGGACCUGCUGACAGGCAACUGCAAGGUAUGUGAGACCCACUUCCAGGACCGAAACUCACGGGUGACUCAUGUUCUCUCUCACAUUGGUAUUUUCCUCUUCUCCUGCGACAUGUGUGAAACUAAAUUCUUUACCCAGUGGCAGCUGACCCUCCACCGACGGGAUGGAAUAUUUGAGAACAACAUCAUCGUCCACCCCAAUGAUCCCCUGCCUGGGAAGCUGAGUUUGUUUUCAGGGGCUGCCUCCACAGAAUUGAAGUGUGCUGCCUGUGGGAAGGCAAUGGCCAAAGAUUUCCACAUGGUCCGGGGCCACAUUCUCGACCACCUGAACUUGAAAGGCCAGGCCUGCAGUGUCUGUGACCAGCGCCACCUCAACCUCUGCAGCCUCAUGUGGCACAUGCUCUCCCAUCUUGGCAUUUCAGUCUUUUCCUGCUCCGUCUGUGCAAACAGCUUUGUGGACUGGCAUCUCCUAGAGAAGCACAUGGCCGUGCACCAGAGCCUGGAAGACACCCUCUUUCGCUGCCACUUGUGUAGCCAGAGCUUCAAGUCAGAGGCUGCCUAUCGCUACCACCUCAGCCAGCACAAAUGCAACAGUGGCCUUGACCCACGGCCUAGCUUUGGGCUACAGCACUCAGCUCUCCAGAAGCGGAAGCUGCCAGCGGAGGAGUUCCUGAGCGAGGAGCUAGCUCUACAGGGCCAACCUGGGAACAGCAAGUAUAGCUGCAAAGUCUGUGGCAAAAGGUUUGCCCACACAAGCGAGUUUAACUACCACCGGCGGAUCCAUACCGGUGAGAAGCCGUACCAGUGUAAGGUGUGCCACAAGUUCUUCCGAGGUCGCUCAACUAUCAAAUGCCACCUGAAGACACAUUCAGGGGCCCUCAUGUAUCGCUGCACAGUCUGUGGCCACUACAGCUCCACCCUUAACCUCAUGAGCAAGCACGUUGGCGUGCACAAAGGCAACCUCCCACCUGACUUCACCAUUGAGCAGACUUUCAUGUACAUUAUCCAUUCCAAAGAGGCGGAAAAGAACCUGGACAGCUGACU